GGAACUCCGGGCCACCCUGUACCGCUUUGAUGACACCUGGUGGUGCCACAAUGUCACCUCCAAUGAUGAUGAUGACCCUGUCACCUCCGAUGAUGAUGACCCUCCCAUCUCCCUGAGCCAGGCCCUGAUCACCUGCAAGAGCACCCCAUGGACCAUCCGGAAGCGUGUGACGAUGGCGGCCAGCAAGUGGCAGGGGUUGGUGGCUGCGCUUGCACGCAGGAGCUGCAGCACUUGCUCAGGGACAUCAAGCCUGCCCUGAAGGGGACAAAGGACACAUACCCCAAUGUCCCUGAGGACUUGGUGGCCAAGGUGGCCAUGGCUGAGCAGCUGUGGGAGGCCAACACCCGCCUGGCCAAGGAUCACCUGCUGGGGACACUUCCAGACAGCAUCACGUUCUAUUUCUAUUGUGGUCCUGCUGGCCCCAAUGCCUGUGAAGUGGCCGAGCAGUGCCAAAGAGCCAUCAAGGACAUCCCAAGGCUCCUUCGACCCCCGGAGCGUCCCCAGAGCGUCCCCAAGGUGUCCCCAGUGAGCAUGGAGCUCCAAGAGCUGUCCCUGGCCCGGCUGCAGCCACAGGUCACUGUGGUGGCCAUCCUGGGUCAGUUGCUGGACACCAUGCCCUGGCUGGACAAGGAGAUGCUGCCCGUGUCCCGAAGGUGCCUGUACUGGGACCUGGAGGAAUUCACCAAGGAGCUCCAGACCACCCUGUACCAUAUUGGUGGCACACAGUGGCACCGCACUGUCACCUCUGAUGAUGAUGGCCCACCCGCCACCCUGAGCCAGGCCCUGGCUACCUAUGAGAGCACCCCAGGGACCACCCGGGACCAUGUGACAAUGGUGGCCAGCAAGUGGCAGGGGUCAGUGGCUCUGCUUGUGAACAGCUGGGCCAAACUGGCCAGGGCAGCCACCAAGUUCCUCAACACCUGCAGGGAUUUGGCCACCGAGGCAGAUGACAAGGUGGCAACUGCCACUGCCAGGGCCAGGGAGCUGCAGGUCAAGGCUGCCCGUUAUGGGACAGCUCAGGAAAACAUGGUGGAGCUGGGUCAGGUGCUGGGCAGGGAAGAGGGAGCCAGAGUAGUGGCCAGGCCUGAAGCGCGGGUAAGGAGAGAGGCCUGGGUGGCCACCAGCGAGGCAACAAGGGCCACCAUGGUGAGACAGCGGGUGGAGGCGGCCCUGGGGCUGCUGGAGGGCUUGGUGGCUGCGUGUGACGAAGCCACAGCCUUCCCCCGGGAGCUGCAGCGCCUGCUCAGGGACAUCGAGGCCACCCUGGAGGGGACAAAUGAGGCAUCCCCUGAUGUCCCUGAGGACUUGGUGGCCAAGGUAGCUGAGGCUGAGCGGCUGUGGGAGGCCAACACCCACCUGGCCCAGGAUCACCUGCUGCAGGCAGUUCCAGACUUCACUGAAUUCUUGUUCAACAGUUGUCCCACUGGCCCCCGUGCCAGUGAGGUGGCUGAGCAGUGCCAAAGAGCCAUCGAGGACAUCCCAAGGCUCCUUCGACCACUGGAGCGUCCCCAGAGUGUCUCCAAGGUGACCCCAGUGAGCAAGGAGCCCCAAGAGCUGUCCUCAGCCCGGCUGCAGCCACAGGUCAGCGUGGUGGCCAUCCUGGGCAAGCUGCUGGCCACCCUGCCCAGUCAAGACAAGAUGAAGGUCGUGUCCGCAGUGGACCUCUACAGGGACCUGGAGGAAUUCACCAAGGACCUCUGGGCCACCCUGUACCACAUUGAUGGCACCUGGUGGUGCCGGGAUGUCACUGUGGAUGAUGAUGACCCUGUCACCUCCCUGAGCCAGGCCCUGGCCGCGUAUGAGAGCACCCCAUGGACCCCCCAGAACCGUGUGACAAUGGCAGCCAGCAAGUGGCACACAUCCGUGUCUGUGCUCAUGAACAGCUGGGCCAAGCUGGCCAGGAAGGCCACCAAGCUCCGCAAUGCCUGCAAGAGGGCGGUCAGUGAGGCGGCCGACAUGGUGGCUGCCACCACCGCCCGGGCCAGGCACCUGCAGGACAUGCUUGCCCGUUAUUGGACAGCUCAGGAAAACAUGGUAAAGCUGGGUCAGGCCCUGGGCGGGGAGGAGGGGACCAAGAAGUUGGAUGCCCAUGAAGCCCGGGUGAGGGAACAGGCCAUGGAGGCCACCAGCGAGGCAACAAGGGCCACCAUGGUGAGACAGCAGGUGGAGGUGGCCCUGGGGCUGCUGGAGCACUUGGUGGCCGUGUGUGACGAAGCUGCCGCGUUCCCCCGGGAGCUGCAGCGCCUGCUCAGGGACAUCGAGGCAGCCCUGAAGGGGACAAAUGAGGCGUCCCCCGAUGUCCCCGAGGCCUUGGUGGCCAAGGUGGCCGUGGCCGAGCGGCUGUAG